CACCACCGCCGCCACCCCGAGACUGCCGAGCCGGGUCUGUGUGCCGCCACCCACUCCGGACACAGAAUAUCCAGUUAUGGAUAAAAAUGAGCUGGUGCAGAAGGCCAAACUGGCCGAGCAGGCUGAGCGAUAUGAUGACAUGGCAGCCUGCAUGAAGUCUGUAACUGAGCAAGGUGCUGAGUUAUCUAAUGAGGAGAGGAAUCUUCUCUCUGUUGCUUAUAAAAAUGUUGUAGGAGCCCGUAGGUCAUCUUGGAGGGUCGCCUCAAGUAUCGAGCAAAAGACGGAAGGUGCUGAGAAAAAGCAGCAGAUGGCUCGGGAAUACAGAGAGAAAAUUGAGACGGAGCUAAGAGACAUCUGCAAUGAUGUACUGUCUCUUUUGGAAAAGUUCCUGAUCCCCAAUGCUUCGCAAGCAGAAAGCAAAGUCUUCUACUUGAAGAUGAAGGGCGACUACUACCGUUACCUGGCUGAGGUUGCUGCUGGGGAUGACAAGAAAGGAAUUGUGGACCAGUCACAGCAAGCAUACCAAGAAGCAUUUGAAAUCAGCAAAAAGGAAAUGCAACCAACACAUCCUAUCAGACUGGGUCUGGCCCUUAACUUCUCUGUGUUCUAUUAUGAGAUUCUGAACUCCCCAGAGAAAGCCUGCUCUCAUGCAAAAACAGCUUUUGACGAAGCCAUUGCUGAACUGGAUACAUUAAGUGAAGAGUCCUACAAAGACAGCACGCUAAUAAUGCAGUUACUGAGAGACAACUUGACAUUGUGGACAUCGGACACCCAAGGAGACGAAGCAGAAGCAGGAGAAGGCGGGGAAAACUAACCAGCCUUCCAACCUUUGUCUGCCUCAUUCUAAACUUUACACAGUAGACCAUUUGUCAUCCA